GGGGCGGGGAGCGGAGACAUUACUGCGCUCUUAUCCCUUCACUGCGCUCCAGAGUUGAGCUUUUCUCCGUCGGCUGCAUGUCUGUUUCACCAACUUAAAGUUUCUACAACUAGUAUUUGGCGGAUGUUUUGGUGAUUUUUUUGGUUUUGUUUCUUCUUAAAGAGACUGAGUGAGGCUGAGAGGUGUGCGAGUGCAGCGAACAUGUCUAUACUGCCGUUUACUCCUCCGAUUGUGAAGAAGCUCCUCGGAUGGAAAAAAGGCGAGCAGAAUGGCCAAGAGGAGAAAUGGUGCGAAAAGGCGGUGAAGAGUCUCGUCAAGAAGCUGAAGAGGACUGGCCAGUUGGACGAACUGGAGAAGGCCAUUACCACCCAGAACAUCAACACGAAGUGUAUCACUAUACCGAGGUCUCUUGAUGGACGUCUGCAGGUAUCUCACAGAAAAGGCCUCCCUCACGUUAUUUAUUGCCGGCUAUGGCGUUGGCCUGACCUGCAGUCGCACCAUGAGCUGCGUGCUAUAGACCAGUGUGAGUUCGCCUUCCACACGAAGAAGGAUGAGGUGUGUGUCAACCCCUACCAUUACCAGCGUGUGGAGACUCCAGUUCUUCCUCCGGUGCUGGUUCCACGACACACUGAUAUCCCUGCCGAGUUUCCUCCUCUGGACGACUACAGCCAUUCUAUCCCUGAGAACACCAACUUUCCUGCAGGCAUUGAGCCUCUGAUUAACUACAUACCUGAGACACCUCCUCCAGGGUAUCUCAGUGAAGAUGGUGAAAGCAAUGAUCAGCAGAAUCGCAGCAUGGACACAAGUUCCCCAAACUUGUCACCUAACCCUGUUUCACCUGCAAGUAGCAACCCUGACCUGCAACCGGUAACAUAUUGUGAGUCAGCGUUCUGGUGCUCCAUCUCGUAUUAUGAGCUGAACCAGCGGGUCGGGGAGAUAUUCCAUGCCUCGCAGCCUUCUCUCACUGUGGACGGCUUCACGGAUCCAUCCAACGCCGAGAGAUUCUGCUUGGGUUUGCUCUCCAAUGUCAACCGCAACACCGCUGUGGAGCUCACGCGCAGACAUAUUGGUCGGGGAGUGCGGCUGUACUACAUAGGUGGUGAGGUGUUUGCUGAGUGUCUGAGUGACAGUGCCAUCUUUGUUCAGAGUCCUAAUUGCAACCAGCGCUACGGCUGGCACCCGGCCACCGUGUGUAAGAUUCCUCCAGGGUGUAAUCUAAAGAUCUUCAAUAACCAGGAGUUUGCAGCUCUGUUGGCUCAGUCAGUGAAUCAGGGAUUUGAGGCCGUGUACCAGCUGACUCGCAUGUGCACAAUCCGCAUGAGCUUCGUCAAAGGAUGGGGAGCAGAAUACAGGCGCCAGACUGUAACCAGCACCCCCUGUUGGAUAGAGCUACACUUAAACGGCCCCCUGCAAUGGCUGGACAAGGUGCUCACUCAGAUGGGCUCACCCAGCAUCCGCUGCUCCAGUGUGUCAUAGGAGACCAGCACCACUCACUUCACAACCAAGAACCACCACCCAUCUGUAUACUAACUGAGAAAACAUGAGAAUGCUGGACACAGACAGACAGACAGACAGACAGACAGACAGACAUUCUCUCAAGAGUUUCCUUUUAGUAUCACUCCACUGCUUGCAGGUCCAGUCAUUUACACACACAGAGUUUUGAGCACUUUCUAUUGCUGAUCCCUAUACAGCAUGGCUUGUAUAGCUGUCCAUUAUGUGUACAUUUAUUUUGGUCAUACAAAGAUAGAUAUAUAUAUUUUGUCUGUUCGUUUUUUAUUAUUAUUAUUUUUUUUUUUAGAAAAUAUUUCAAUUUUAAGCUUGGCUUAAAACAUGAGGUAUUGAACCCUCGUUGGAGAUGUAUAUGGAUAAAUAACUGGUGAAUUAGAUUUUUAUUAUUACUCACAUCCAUAAAGCUUGCAGUGCUCGUAAAGCUGCGACACUGUGUAAUUAGGAGAAAGUCUCUGAAUCUCUCUCAGGCCCAGCAGUUUGUUGUACUUGCAUUGAGCAUUUGCAUUGCCCCUUAACCUCAGAGGGGUUAGUAAUGCAUCCCCACGCCUUCAUUCAAGUGGCUGUGUGGGAGCACAACCCUAGGUGUUGUCUGUUUUUAAAGUGAACAGGCGCUAGGUCGUGCUUUUAUGGUGUGUUGGCGUUCACAUGCCGUAUAGGGCAACAUGCACUCAGCUGUUCAGCAAAACAUAUAGGAUGUUUCAGUGCCUGUUAACCUGAUUAUCUUUUUUUAUUAUUAUUUUUUUUUAGUAUGAAAACUAGUCGUCUGUCUAUUUUUAAGAUGAUACAAAGCACGUCUUGAUACAAGAUGUGACGUCUGAAAGAUAUAUUUAUGAUCUAUGUUAUGGCUUGUAGCAGUUUUUUCUGCUAUACAGAUGCUGCAUUAUGUUUUUAUUUGUUUUUUUUAAACACUGGUUCCACGAAAAAUAUCCAAGUAGAAAUCAGUAACACUUCUUCGAAAAAAAGGUUUGACAUUUACUGCUGUGCAUGUUGGGGGGAAAAGAGGGUGAAUUGUGUUAGUGCCCCAACCCCACAUUUGGUAUUCGGUGAGGAACUUUUUCAAACUCGCUGUUCUGUAGACAUGCAGAUGUUUUGCAGCUGUAAUUAUAAUUUUUUUUUUUUUUGUGGUAAAUCAUGUUUGAAAUAUUCUUCUACACCCGUGAAAUACUCUGCUCACGCUUUGGCAUAGAGCUUGCGUCCCGCUCUCUUUAUCUUCAGAGCAUGUGAACGGUUUCUAAUCUCUAGCAAUAUAAAACAGAGCUCUGAGUAAAUAAGGUUACUCAACACUGAAAGCAGACUGCAUUCACAAUCCAGCUAGUGCUUUCUCACUCGUUCUCCAUAGCAAGUUACAGUGCAAUUUACCUGGAAAAAGGCUAUGCAUGGCUCAAAGGAUCAGAAUAGGAAAAGUUCUUAUAAUAAUGUUCUGAAAAAUAUAUAGCUGACUAUGUGUCAUUUUGACGGCCUUGUUUAAGAUGUUACAAGCCCUGUGUUUGUGAUCAUAAACACUGAAAUGGUGCAUUUUAUGGUACCUUUGUCCAGUGUAGCACACCAUUAAACACGUGAAGCACUUGUCCUUAUUACUCGAUCAAAGAGUAUUCUACAAAUCUUCCUCUUCAGAGCUGGAAAUUGGAAGUUUUGUCAGUGACCUCUGCAUCCAUUGUUUUGGCAGGGUUGUAGAAAAAAAUACAUUUAGCUCAAAACUAAAUUUCCAUUCUCAUUUUUGCAUAACCGCACAGAAGAGUGCAGCGGUGACUCUUUGCUGUGAUUUGGUAUGCAAUCUCAGUGUCGGUAAGAAGGGCUCCCAUGAGUAGCGCAGACCCACUUGCUUUACAUUUAUUUAAUUAUUUUUACUUUUCACUUUGCUAAAUCGUGGCUGCAGUCUACACUUGACUGAACCUCAUGAAUCAAGAAACAUUUCAGGAAGCAGCUCAAUCUAUCCAAUGUAGUAUAGUUUUGGUCAGAAUUCUGAACCUCAUGGUUUACUGGUUGUGACCUAAGUUGCUUUUGUGUUGACUGCAUCAAGCAUUUGAGUAUGAUGAUCCGAGCUCAUUGCCUUCUAAUGCCUUCAUCUUUGAGCUUACAUAUUAUAUGUAGAUAUAAAAGAUAAAAGAUAUAAGAGAAGGCCAAUCCCAUGUGAAGCUUUUUUGUGCUUUGACACAUGAGAUAAAACCAGCUUAAUAAAAACAUGAAUGGAUGCUGGGGGGUAGAAGCUCUUACUAUAUGUACACUUUCACAUCCAAUGGGUGCACCACAGUUACUUGUGGAGUUAAUUCACUCACACAUAUGGCACAUUAAACAGGAUUCAAACUCAGGACCGUCUGGCCACUUGAAAGAAAAAACGCUUCAUGCACAUUUCUAUAUAGAUAAUUCUGUGUCACUGCCAGCUGUUUUUAUGUCAAAGAAAAUGCAUGGCCUAUUGUAAAUUGUGUUUCUAAAGGAAUUUUAGGGUGAGGGAAAACACUGCUGGCAGCUCCUGGUGGAUGUGCUCUCACUUUCUACAGAGGUUGAAUUGUCACAUUGGAAGCUCUGCUCUUAUGGCUGGAUUUAGUUUUUCUCUCAGGUCCUGUCAGUAAGUUAGGAGUAUUAUUCUGCAUGCGGUCUAAAGAUCAUGCUUAUAUAAUUACACUGACUGGAUUCUUUUGAUUCAUUGCAUGGUCUUUCAAUUCUUGAAUUUUCAACAAACCUCAACAGUUGCACUUUGGUUGAGCAGGCACACUUUAGACUGCAGCUGCCUCCUGCUGAUAGCUUAGGCGAUUACACGGUGAAAUAUUGCUCACGUGGUUCCUUUUACAACUUGUGUAUGAAAAAUGAGUCAACAAUGAAGUCAUAAGGAACUGCAUUUACACAAUUGUUGAUCCCUGUGGUUUGAUCUCUUAAAAUAGAACCCUAAACUGAGCAUCAAGUGCUGUGGACCCUGCUGCAUCUGCUCCUGCGACUGUGUCAGCAGUGUCCACAUAGGGUCAUGAUUCUUGUCAGUUUUUUUCAAAUUGAAAUACCGCUUUGUAGUAUCAUGCUCUUAUUCAUGCACUCAUUAUGUGAGGCAAAUGUAAAACGGUUUCUGUCUUAUGGUUUCAAUACUUAGUAACUACCCCUAUGUACUUUUCAGAUGUUGCUUAGUUUUUUGUUAGCCUUUAAUGUGCUUUCUUUCUGCUACUGUACCUACAUAGUUUCCUCACAUUACCUGUUUAAGCUGUUCUUAUAUCUCUUCAUUUUGGUAUUCAAAGAUUUGUAAUAAAAUGUAUUUUAAAUGGGA